CAGGAAGAAAGAUGGCGAUCUUCAGUGUGUAUAUUGUCAAUAAGGCCGGAGGACUCAUCUACCAGUACGAUAAUUAUGUACCUCGAGCUGAAGUUGAAAAAACAUUCAGCUUUCCGCUUGAUUUAGUUUUAAAGAUUCAUGAUGAGAAGGUGGUUGUGUCAUUCGGACAGCGGGACGGGAUCAGAGUGGGUCAUGCAGCUCUGUCCAUUAACGGGGUGGAUGUGAAUGGUAAAUACACGGCUGAAGGGAAGGAGAUCCUGGAAUAUCUGAAAGAUCCUGCCAACUAUCCAGUGUCCAUCAGAUUUGGGCGACCUCGUCUCACCUCAAAUGAGAAACUCAUGCUGGCCUCAAUGUUUCAUUCGCUGUUUGCCAUUGGAUCACAGUUAUCACCUGAAGUUGGCAGCUCGGGCAUUGAAAUGCUGGAGACAGACAUGUUUAAACUGCACUGCUUUCAAACACUCACAGGUAUAAAGUUCAUUGUAUUGGCUGACCCUCGACAGUCUGGUAUUGAUGCCCUCCUAAGAAAGAUUUAUGAGAUUUACUCAGACUUUGCACUAAAGAAUCCUUUCUAUUCUUUAGAAAUGCCUAUCAGAUGUGAGCUUUUUGACCAAAAUUUAAAGAGUGCCCUGGAAAUAGCAGAGAAAGCUGGAACAUUUGGACCCGGGUCCUGAACUGUACUUGCAUUGAGUGUGUUCAUUCACCUGACAGGAUCUCCAGAUGCUCUGAGGUCAAACUUAUCCAGAUUUCCAACAUCUUUAAGGAAUAUGAACAAGAGUUUUCCUCAAGCUCAAACUAUUUACCUUAAAGACAACUAUGACUGGUUAAUUUACAUUUAGUCUUAAAAUUACGUCCCAAAUUUACAGUGAGAAACAUAUUUCACAACCUUUGUAAAUAAUGUACAUGGACACAGUUUAAGUUUGUAAUGUGCAGAACGAGACGGAGCAGCUCAAGAUGCUCAAUACAUGCUCAUUGAAACAUGUUUAUUAGUGUCUUUCUAAAUGAAAUUAAAUUUACAUGUCAUUUGCUUUCUGUCAGCAGAAUAUGAAAAGUCUACUGUAUACCUUGGAUCAGUUUCUGAAGUUUGGUCUUACUUUUUAUUUAUAUAAACAUUGUGCUAUUAAACAUUCAUGUGAUAUAACACAUUGUCAUAUUUCAUUAGACACGUUUAUGAAUUUGUAAUACUGCAGAUACAGAGGUAGGACCUGUUUUAAAGCCCUAAAACGGAUGGAAAGUACACAAAAUAAAUUGUUGUUUUACCUGUUUUAAUAGCAAUAAAAUGUUAAGAAAUGGCUUUAACAUGUCUUAACCAAAUGACAAAGUUGUGCAACGUAAGCACUAAGUGAGCAGAUUCAGAACAAUGUAAAAUACGGUCAUCCGUUUUUAAAAUGAACAGAA